CUUUCCGUUGCCCAACGAACCUCGCCGAAACAUUUUCUCUUCGUUUAAUGCAAAAGCGCCCUCUCUCUCACUUCACCGUUCUUUUUCUCUCUCUUUAUGAUGAACAAGACCUCCAAACUGGGAAUCGAGUUAAAGGCCUGUUAAAGCUAAAAAUCUGGAGCUCCCAUUUAGUCUCCUCCACUUCGGAUCUUUCUCAGGGUUCUUGUCACAAAGCUGCAUUCGUCGUUCAGAUUGUUGUAGUAUAGUCGGUGCGGCGAGAAAUGCUGCAACACUGUGGUUGGAGGAUCCGGAAAAUGAGGGAUUGGGAUUGAUGAAGAACUGCAGGGGCUUCGUGGGGAGGGCUGGGUCGCGGAAUGGCCUUUUCGAAGGUAGCGCUUGGCGUCUCGGCUUCCUGUAACCUGAGCGGAUUGCACGAAGAGAGAAGGCCUGUCUUGUUCUCCGAUUUGGUCCAGGGUUUGCGAGUGCCGAAGGUCUCGUCGCCUGGGGCAUCUCUGGGCGCCCGGCGGAGGAGGUGUGAGGCUCAGGGCCGGGGGAGGCUGAAGUUGGCGGAGGAGACGAGGACGGUGGAGAAUGGGCACUCGCGGUCUAGCGUCGACAUCCCCGUCAGCUGCUAUCAGAUUUUAGGAAUUCCUAAUCAGGCAGAGAAAGAUGAAAUCGUUAAAUCUGUCAUGGAACUGAGAAAUGCAGAGAUUGAAGAUGGAUACACCCUGGAUGCAGUCAUAGCACGUGAGGAAUUAUUGAUGGAUGUGCGAGAUAAGCUGCUCUUUGAGCCAGAAUAUGCUGGUAAUGCACGAGAGAAGGUGCCUCCUAGAGCUUCUCUUCACAUAUCAUGGACCUGGUUGCCUGGAGCUCUCUGUCUUUUGCAGGAGGUUGGGGAGGUGAAGUUAGUGUUAGAGAUGGGCCGAGCAGCUCUUCAGCGCCCUGAUGCUAAGCCAUACGUUCACGAUCUUCUCCUAUCUAUGGCACUAGCUGAGUGCUCAAUUGCCAAACAUGCUUUUGAGAUGGGGAAAGUAUCCCAAGGGUUUGAGGCCCUUGCCCGUGGUCAGUAUCUACUUAGGAGCAAGACAUCUUUAGAAAAUCUGCCGCUCCUUAACCAGAUUGAGGAAUCAUUGGAGGAGCUUGCACCUGCUUGCACUUUGGAGCUGCUUAGCUUGCCACAUACACCUGAGAAUGCAGAACGCCGUCGAGGAGCAAUUGCAGCUUUACGUGAACUGCUUAGGCAAGGCCUUGAAGUUGAAACUUCAUGCAGAGUUCGGGAUUGGCCUUGCUUCCUUGGUCAGGCGAUGACGAAACUGAUGGCUACUGAAAUAGUUGAUCUUCUUUCAUGGGAUGUGUUGGCUGUUACUCGUAAAAACAAGAAAUCUCUCGAAUCACAGAACCAACGGGUUGUCAUUGACUUCAAUUGCUUCUAUAUAGCUUUGUUGGCUCACAUUGCUCUGGGAUUUUCCACUAAGCAGAUGGACCUGAUAAAUAAAUCUAAAACCAUGUGUGAGUGUCUGGAAGCAUUUGAAGGAAUAAAUUUGAAGUUUGAAGAAUCUCUUUGUGCUUUACUUCUGGGACUGGGAAGUGAGAAGGUUGUGGCUGAAAAUUUUCAGCUGCUUGAAUCCAAUCAAAAUCCAUCUUCACAGAAAGUUGAGACUGGCCAUAAGGAAGCUGAGGAUGGCAAGAAUAUUUAUCCUUCAUUGGAAAAGUGGCUGAAGAAUUCUGCACUUGGUUUGUUCACCGAUACAAAGGAUUGCUCUCCAUCGUUGGCUGAAUUUUUUGGCGGAGAGAAGAAGAAUUAUAUUAUUGGCAGGCAGAAGAAAAGGACUGAACAUGCAAGCACAAGUGUGAGCCAGAAAUCUUCUUUCGUUCUCCCUCCUCCUCAUAAGCUUGGGGCAUCCGAAGAUUCUUUCCAGAAAAUUGAUUCCACGCGGCAUCUGGGUUCUGCAACACGGCAACUAGCACCCUCUAGUUUGCAGAGCCAAUUGCUGGGAGACAGUGUUCAUAGUGGUGCUAGCCCUUUGCCCAUGCAAAUGAACAGAAACAUUGAUCUGUCACAGGAGAAAGCUUGGGAAAGCUGGUGGGCAGUGGGUGAGUCAAAAGGGAGAUUAACUGUGGCAGCUCUAGUCCUCUGCGUUGUUUUCACAACCUUCAAGAUGUUUCAUGUUCGACUUGGGCAGAAGAAUGGUACUCCCUUGAAAUUAAGCACAACCGCGUUUGCUUGGACAGCAGAUGGUGCUUCGGACUCUGUCGUUCGUGCCACAAAACCCAGCAUAUUUGGGAGGAUGACGGAACUCUUUGCUGUAUUUAAGAACCAACUACAUCCUCGGUCUCAUUCACUAACCAACAAGAGUAUGUGGCCUGCUGAUGAUCUGUUAGCUCUUAUUAAGCCACCCACGAGUACUGGUGGUAUGCUUCACAGACGACAAAUGUCCCUAGAAGAGGCAGAGACUUUGGUAAAGCAGUGGCAGACAAUCAAAGCUGAAGCGUUAGGUCCUCACCAUCACCUCCAGAGCCUUCCUGAUAUCCUCUGUGACUCCAUGCUCGAUCAGUGGCAAGCUCUAGCAGAGACUGCAAUGUCGAGUUCAUGUUUUUGGAGAUUUCUACUCCUGCAGUUGUCCAUCCUACGGGCUGAUAUUUUGUCAGAUGGGGCCGGCUGGGAGAUGGCGGAAAUCGAUGCGAUAUUGGAGGAGGCGGCUGAACUUGUUGAUGAAUCUUUGCCUAAGAAUCCAAAUUAUUACAGUACAUACCAAAUCCGUUAUGUUUUGAAAAGACAAAAUGAUGGGUCAUGGAGGUUCUGUGGCUGUGGAAUUCAGACUCCUGGUUGAACAUUUUAUCGGCAUUAAUGGAGUGCCUUCAACGGAUGCAGGACUUUUAUUCCAUGUGCCAACUGAAAGUCGAUCGUAUGCAUACAUCCAGAAGAUUGUGAAGCAUCGCCGUUCCUUGGUUCCACGUUUUCAAUCUUAACUUUGAUUCGACAGUUCUACUAGAUUUUCUCAUCCUUACGUUCGACCAUCAUUGGGUUCAAUCUGUACAUUGGUAGGUGCGGGUUGUCUAUGUACAGACUUUUUCUUUGAGCGUUGAGUUUCCCAGUGUCCGAUGUCCGAGAUACCGGCUGAUUCAAUGUUGAGUUGUGGCUUGUAUAUUUUUUUUGUUUCAUUCUUUGAGAAAAUUACUUGGAAAUUGUAUCAUCUUCCAUGGAUAAAUGUAUUUCUUUCUUCUGUCUC